AUGGAUAGAGAUGAGAAGAUGUUGGGAAUAUUACAUCAUAAAACGAAGAUUUAUAUAGACAUGUUGAAAAAAAAUGUGGAUAAUACCAUUGAUAGUACGAAAAUGCUUAUCAAACAUUGGGAAAAUAAAUUGUCCGAGUAUAGUGAUACAGCGUUGCAUAAUACAAUUUUGGCCUACCAAAGAUCUUUAUCUAUACAAAUGGAAUCUAAAGAUAAGAUAAUAGAGAAAUUACAAAACGAGUUAGACGAAUGCAUAGAAUAUCGUUGUAGAACUGGUCAUAGAAAUUUGGAAUUGGUUAGUAAUACAUUAGGAACAUUUAAAAAUGAAAUUGAAAAUAUACAUCGCCAAUAUCAGGGUGAAGUAGAAUUAGCACUACCAAUAGAUUUAGCAGAAUUAGACAUCAGAACAAUUGAGAAUGAUACUUAUUGGAAGAUGCUAAAAUAUGAUAAUAAAGUGGUACAACUUGAAAUAGAAAAAUGGAAAUCUAACAUUGAAAACAAACACAUUGAAAAUAUGGACAUCGAACGUGGACGGUUUGAAUCAAUUAUGAACAAGUUUUGUUGGAAAGACUACAUAAUGCAUUACAAGAAUAUGAAAGAUGUAUAUUCUUUUGUUUUGGACGAUUAUUCAAAAAAAACUAGAAAUACAGCAAAAGAAUACCUGAAAUUGAAAAAUGCGAAUGAGCAAUUAUUAGUUACAACAAAAACAUUAAAAAUUCGGAUCAAAAAUUUAUUAAAUAAAAUAAGUAUCUUGGAAAAAGAUAUAAGCAAUCCUAAAUUAUUGAAGGAAUUAAAUAUAUUAAAACAUAAAAGAGAUGUACUUCAAGAGGGUUUGAAACAAUUCAGGAAUAAGGUUGCAAAUAAUUCUAAACUUGGUCAUAAACAAAAGUCACUUCUUUGCCAAUCUACCAAACAAAUAAAAGACAAUAUAAACAUUAUAUUGAAGAGAGGUGAAGAUACAAUGAGAUGUAUUCAACUAUGUCAAGAAUUAGAAAAAUCCGAAGAAAAAGCUAAUAAAAUUCCAAUAUCCAAUGUAUGUGAAAAUAAAGAAGUGUCUGAUCAUCAAUCAAUGGUACAAGAAAUGUUGUCAAAUAUUCAGUACCGUACAUCAUCUGUAAAAAUCGAGUGUAAGAUCAUUGACGAGAAUAACGAUAAAUUACAACAUGAAAAUAACAAAUUAAAAGAA